AUGGCGCCUCAACCGUCUGAGCUCGAUCGCACGUUUGUCAACUUGACCGAUGAUCCUGCGGAGGGCCGAGGCGCAAGGCGCACGUACAUUCGGCGAGCGGUGAUGAAAAACUUCCACAAGCAGCGAAGCCAGAAGAAGAAGGCCAUGAGGCAUGAGGCUGGGGCAACUUCGAUGACUCUCCGAAUUGGACAGCUAGAUCCAGGUGCCUUACUUGAUUGGCAACCGAGUCCGCCAUAUCAUGCCAUGAUCAACACUUUUACCUCAUGGGAGCUACUAUCUGCAGCGCAAACUGUUGCCAUCUACGUUCUCUUGAGGAUUAAGCUGGGGGAAAACAGCGCGGCCUUUCCAAAUGGAGACAUUGCGCUCCUUUAUACUCUCGGGGCCAUCUUUAGACGCCUUCAUUCUGAAAACUCACUAGACCUUUCUCAUCAUCCCAGCGGUGACUGGAAACAGUGGGUGUUUGUUGAAUCUUUCCUCCGCAUCGCCACCAUCUACUUUACUCUAAACGUCAUUGUAUCAAUGGAGUUCGGGCUGCCCUGCAAUAGCCCACAAGAUUGGAACAUCGAUAGCAUGCUGCUGCCGGCUUCGAAGGUCUCGUGGGCCACCCAGAACACGGCAGAUUGGACGAAAUUCACAAAUGGCUUACCGCCAUACAAGCAACUGACGUGGAAUGACUUGCAAGCUCCGGCACAAGCCUUACACGACUGUCCAGUUGAAGAAUGGAAGGAAGGCUCUGACGAACUGGGAAUGAUUGUCACAAUGGUCAUGACCUUGAGAGCUCAAGCGCAACGCUAUCAGAGUCCAUCUUCUGGGUCGAGCUGA